GGAAACACUCCGGCGAGCAGGAAGUAAAUAGCAGAGUCCUUGGCUAGUGAGUCUAGCUCACUGGUUACUUUAAAGCGUGAUGUUUUCGGACAUUGUAUUGAAUCUCCGAUAAUUCGUAGCGAUUUUUACAGACGUAUGUCAAACCAUAUCAGACACUGAGUGGAAAGCGUAUGAUACAGGUGACGCCGUGGGCGUCCUCAUUUCCGCCAUCUGACGCCGGUUCUGCCUUCUGCUCGCAGUCCUGAGCCGCGCAUCGUGUCUGGCGCCUCCAUGAGCCGCAGUCGGAACCCCCCCGUUCGGGGCCAGGGUGCAGCCCGAGCCAAGCAGAUGGGCCUGCUGCUGGACCUGAACCCCGACGGGGGUAUGGAUGCAGAGGGAAAUGAUGCGGAACUGGAGGCGGAGCUUCUCUCGCUGAUGGGCGGGUCCCGGUCAGCUGGCACAAAAGGGGGUGGGAGAGCCCCGGUGCCCAUGGUGGACAUCGAGCACAUGGCGGCCCUUUGCAUGAAGGACCUGGAUGAAGAGGACGGGGAUGAGGACGGAGACUUGGAGAGCGACGCUGACCUUCUGGCGGAGCUCAACGAGGUCCUGGAGGGGGACGAGGAGAAGGCCGCCCCACUUCCCCAGCAGAAGGCAGCCCCUCACCACACCCCUGUGGCCUCGCCUGGGCCCCAGAGCUCGGAGGCCCUCCUCGUGGAGCGCAUUGGCAUGUACCAGUCGGCAAUCAGCAAUGCCAAGGAUGCAGGAGAAGGCAGCAAAGUGCGCCGCUACGAUCGGGGCCUCAAGACCCUGCAGUCUAUGCUGGCUUCAGUCAAGAAGGGCAAACCCAUAGAUGAAGCCGAAAUACCCCCCGCUGUGGCCACCGGCAGCAAGCCUGCCCCAGCCCCCCUGAGCAAGCCAAAUGCAGAGCAGCAGCCACGGGUUCCAGAGCCCACCCCUGCACCGCCCACCAAUCAAAAGCCUGUACAAGAAACCCCGCCCAAACCCCCACCUAAGCCCCAGCUCCUCCCACCCCCAGCGAAGACGUUGGCCGUGACCCCAGAUACCCCACUCAUCUCUCCUCUCACCCCAAGCCAGCCAGACUCGCACGUCUCAGAGGUAAAGGGCUUGGUGUCCAGUAGGCAGAGAGAGUACAAGCUGGCCGCUAUCCAGGCCAAGCAGAGCGGGGACACUGAGCUGGCCAAGCGGCACUACCUGGCAGCAAAGAAAUUAGACCCACUGAUUGAGGCACUGGACAGAGGAGAGACAGUGGACGUGGCCUCUCUUCCACCCCCUCCUGGAAAUGCCCCCUCCCCUGCCCAGCCUUCCUCCCAGCCAACCACUGCGUCUCCAGUGGCACCCCCCGUUUCUGAUACUGCUCUCCCAGCCCCCCGCACCGUGGCAGAGGCACUGCAGCAGCGCAUGGAGCGCUACAAGGCAGCAGCAGAGGGCGCAAAGACCAAAGGCGACGACCGGAAAGCCAGGAUGCACCAGCGAAUCGUUAAGCAAUACCAGGACGCCAUCAGGGCCAACAAAGCAGGGCGGCCCGUCAAUCUGUCCGAGCUGCCCAUCCCUCCCGGGUGCCCCCAGCUUCAGGGGUCAGAAGGCAGUGAGCAAAACCUCGUGGGGGUGCUUGAGACAGCCCUGAAGCUGGCCAAUCAGGAUGCGGAUGCCGAGGAUGACGACGAGAGCGGUACCGGGGAGCCGACUGCUAAGCCGACCCAGAAAGCGGCGGUCCAGCGAGCCAAAGCGCCUGUGCCGCCCACUCCAGGCUCCGCCUCCCCAGGCUCCGCCUCCACGCCGGGUCAGGCUCCCAAGCUGGGCGCCAAAGCCCAGCAGCAGCUGGACUUCCUGCUGAUGCGACGCCAGCAGUUUGUUCGUGCCGCCGUGCGCUCCAAGCAGAUGAAGGACCUGCAGGGGGCAGCAUUGCACCUGCGUAACGCCAAGGGCCUGGAUCACAUGAUCACUGCCGCCAAGGGCGGGCUGCCCGUCGACAUCACCAAGGUGCCAAGUGUCCCUGUCAGUGAGGAGGACUACUGCCUGGGUCCGACGCGCUCCCAGCUGUCACCUCGCUCCUCGGAGAAGUACGGCCAGCUCAUGGAGCUCCUGCGGCAGCAGCACGAGAAAUGCAUGGGAUACUCCCAGCAGUUCACAAACAUGGGCAACAUUGCUGAGACAACCAGGUUUGAGAAGCUUGCUGAGGAGUGCAUGAAGAACAUUGAGGUGCUGAAAAAAGCCCAUGAGAAGAGCUGCCCUGUGCCCAAGUUCCACACGGAGGAGCGAACGUUCAACAUUGUCAAGAUCUUUCCGGAUCUCACCAGCAAUGACUUGGUGUUAACCAUAGUGAGAGGCACCAAUCUGCCCGCGCCGUCGGGAGGGUCUGCCAAUGACCUGGAUGCCAGUGUGCGUUUUGAGUUUCCCUUCCCCAGUUCGGAAGAACCCCAGCAUGACAAGACCAGCACUGUGAAGAACAGCAACUGCCCAGAGUUCAAGGAGCAGUUCAAGCUGAACAUCAGCAGGGGCCACAGGAGCUUCAAGAGGGUGGUGCAGACCAAGGGCAUCAAGUUCGAGAUCAUUCACAAGGGGGGGCUGUUCAAGGCGGACAGGGUCGUGGGCAAUGCACAGCUGAAGCUGGAUUCCCUGGAGACGCAGUGUGAGAUCAGACAGCUGCUGGAGGUGCUGGACGGCAGGAAGGCCACAGGUGGUCGGCUGGAGGUGCGUGUGAAGAUCCGAGAGCCACUGGGUGGACCGCAGCUCCAGACUGUCACUGAGAAGUGGCUGGUCCUGGAUCCCAUCGCCACACCGCCGGCAGCAGCACCGGCACCUAAAUCCAAACCCAGACCUCAGAACGACCAUGAUAAAAAUGCCAGCCGCUCGCCCCCCCAGUACAAAUUUCACAGCUUCAGUCUGCUGCAGUACGAUAAGGACAGAGUCGAGCACAAGAUCAUGGAGUGCAAAAAGAACAGGAUGGAACUGCCAGCUGAGCUCCUGCAGCAGCACCGGGACAUCAGCCAGAGGCUGCAGUUGCAGAAAGCACAUUUGGAGAGGGCGCCCCCUGCUGUCUUUGCGGAAUAUGACGCCGCCCUGUGUCGACUUGCCCAAGGCCUGAGUGAGGGGGUAAAGAAGUUCUCCAGUCAGGGAAAAAGGGACGCUGCUAAGGAUGCACUUGGCCGCCUGAAGAUGGUGGAGGCCGAGAUAGAGGCCCUGAGAAAGAGAUGUGCCACCUGACCUGACCCGACCUGAGGGGUCCGGAGUUCCUGAGGGGGAGGGUGUUUAGGCGGGACCUGGGAGCCCCAAAUAGACACUACGCUGGAGACACUGACACAUGGAUCAUCGGGGAAUCCACCUUCACACACGUCCUGUCCUACACACACACACGGAGAAACACUGAACAGACACUUCCACAUACUGACAGAGGCAGCAGCCAUCGAUAUGCACUACACUGACUGGGAUGUCAUAAAUCUGCAGUUACUGCUUUGGAUGUUACAUCCAUACAUUGUAGAUCCUCUGCUCUAGACCGAGCUGAGAUCGUUACUCACUGAUAACCGCCCAGCACUGGUGGGGGUGACAGGGAACAGGGACUCACACAGUGUAUUUUGCUUUAUGGUUCUUAAAGGACUGGUAAUAUGAAGGCUUUGCACAGCAAAACGUAAUGGUGAAGUUAGAAAAGAGGAUGCCAGUGAAAAUUUCUUCUUUGCAAUUUGUACAAUCAUUGAUUUUUCUUUAAAAUGCUUCCUUUAAAAACUAGAGUGAUGAAAGUAGAAGGAGGUGGUAGGGUUUUAUCUUUAACGCACCUGGAGAGUGCCCCUGUCCUCGUGGGCCAUGUCCGUGCAGCACCACGGGGCCGCAGCACCACGGGGCCGCAGCACCACGGGGCCGCAGCACCACGGGGCCGCAGCACCACGGGGCCGCAGCACCAGCACCUCUGGCUGUCUGCUUAAAGAAGGCGUGUGCCUCGCCCUGUUCCCCAAUUUUUGUGUGGAUAUUAUGUUUUUUUUUUUCUUGUUUCUGCUGUGGUUGUUCCAGUGCUGAGGGGGUAACGCAGAGGAAUACUGUUGCUGACCCCCGGCUGUGGCUGCCUGGACUGAGAUGGGGGGGGGCUUCCUUUGUGGGGCUCUCUAGGGGCUAGCAGCGGGGGGCAGGUGGAUUUUUCUAACGGGCAGAAGGUAACCCCUGGAAACGCUAAUCCACGCUCUGAGGUCCUCAUUCAUCCUCUGCGGUCUUCGCUGCCAAGGACUUGCCACAUUCUUGACCCAGUCCCCAUUUUUUCGAGCAGUACUGCAUGAUUACCCCCGCCCACCCACACACCCCCUAAAGCUUUGCCAUGGCAACUGACUGAUCACCAUGUUGUGAUCCGUUUGGGGGGUGUGCAGUGUAUAAUUCUAGGAAACCAUGAUGAAAUAUGCAGCAGGAAUGCUAAAUGAAAUUAUACCUUUUAUGCACAUUAAGUGGCAUCAAUCCACAUGCUGAUGACAGUCAAACAGAAAAACAGAAACACUAAUAUAUACUGCUUUGUCUAUGAUUGUAUCUUUAAAAUGAAUUUAUUUCAUGGCCCGGGGUGAAAGGGAAACAACUGAUUUACUGAAAAUCUGUAUUCUAAAUAUGGAAGAUGAAUAUAUUAAAAAUCUAACAUCUGAA